AUGGAAAUACCAAACUAUGAUAGUGGUGACAACCCAGAUAAAAAAUAUAAACAGUUAUUUCCUUACAUGCCAUCAGAUACAUUUCGGAUGUUAAUAUGUGGAAACAGUGGAAGUGGUAAAACUAAUCUUUUAUAUCACAUGUUAAUUAAACCUCUACUAUACUAUGAUGAAAUUUAUCUUUACGCUCGUAAUUUAGAACAGGAUAAGUAUCAAAAGCUAAUUCAAAAAAUGAGAGAGUUAAGUCAUAAACUGGGAUAUGACAUACUUCAUGUUAGUAAUGAUGAAAUAAUCCCAGUGUCAGAAAUGGAUUACGAAGACAAUCAAAAACUUGUAAUAUUCGAUGACUAUGUUUGUGAUAAAAACCAGAGACAACUGAUUGAUUAUUUUAUUCAAGGACGACAUAAAAAUUGUUCGGUGGUGUACCUCAGUCAAUCGUUUUAUAAAACACCAAAAGAUAUUCGGCUGAAUUGUUCUCAUUACUGUUUAUAUGAAUUUCCAUCAUCGAGGGAGUCUAAUAGAAUAUCAUCUGAGUUGGGGGUUAGUAAAGAAGACUAUAAAUCAGCAACUAAAAAACCGUAUUCAUUUCUAUAUGUUGAUAAACCAAGAAAACGUAUUGCAAGAAACUUUACAGAUUAUCUAAACAACAAAUAA